AGGCUUGGAGCAAGGACAUGCUUGCGCGGCGGAGUGUAGCUCCAAUGCCUGUGUGAGAGUGAGGCCUGGGUGAGAAAGGAGGGGGCGGAGAGCGCUAGUGAGACCCUCUGAGAGCAAGGGGGCGGGGAGAGAAAGGGGAGGGGAAGACUGCGUGAUCUGGAGAGAAGAGAGUCGGUGUGAGAGAGCAGCAGAGUGAAGAGAGGAGGGAUGUCACCGGGUGUGUGUGACAGCCUGCAUGUGCCCGCAAGGCUGCACCCUCCCCUGAGCUGGGGCUUUGAGGAACAAGUUACAGGGCACCAGGCAGAGCCCGGGCAACUGCACGCCCACAGGCUCCUGGGCGCCUGGACCCCUCGGACCCACCCCGCUGGGCCGCUGAGGUGAGCAGCCAGCUCAGGCAGGGAUGGGCGUGUGAGGGGGGUAGAGGCAGGAGUCGGGGGAGUGGUCCGCAAGGAGGGAGGUCUAACCAGGCUGGGCCCUUCUGUCCACCCGUGCCAGCUGUGCCCUGGCCCGUCUUGCCCUGCGCUUGCUAUGGGAACAGGAGGGGACAGGAUGGGGGAGUAGGGUGGGGGGGUGGGCACCUCCCCGCAGGCCCUGCCUCUUGCCCAGCCCCUCCUGGUCCCCUAGACCUUGGGGCAGAGUCAGGAAUCCCCCUGGGUAGCUCUGGAACCCACAGGGGCGGGGGUUGGAGGGACCUACGUCUUCCCUGUGUGCCCCUUGGUGAGCCCUCUUGUGCCUCAGACCCUCACCCUCUCGUUGUGUCAGGUGGGCGGGAGAGAACGGCACCCAGGGCUGGGCUGAGGACUGAGUGCGAGGGUGUGAGGACAGGGCUCAGCAGGCACCCGGGAGACAUUCCGCCACCUGGAGCUGCCCCUUUGACACUUGUACAGGGUCAGCUGGGGCCAGAUCUGAGCCAGGCUGUUGUCUGUCACUCUGCAGUUAUGCAGGGAGCAUUUAGGGUCGCCUCCGCCAUGUUUAUCCCCAGGCUGCCUCCGUCAGGGCCAGGAAUGCUCUGUAAAUAUUUAUCCAUCCCCGUUUGCAGCUUUCAUGGUUGAUGAAACCCCAAGCCCAGUGGGACAGAUACUGUCUUCCCUCCUGGAGCCACCGGGGGAGGGGAGGGAAGGGGAAGAUGGACCUGCCUAGCAACUGGCUGUGUGACUUGGGCAGCUUGCUUGACCUCUCUGAGCCUCAGAGGGGCUUGAUGCUGCAUAGAACGGCAUGGUAAUGCUCCCCUGUCUUCCUCACAGCCUAACCAAGUGCCCUCCCAUCAGAGUCACCUCUGCUAUGUCACCUCGCUAUGGUCAGUUAUCCCUGUUGGACCAACAGCAAACUGAAGUCCAGAGAGGGACACAACUAGCCUGGCCUUUACCCAGUGGUCCUCUAGUCUGGGGUCCUCCUUUAUCUCCCCUCUACUGGGUGCCUCCCAUUUUCUUGAUUGGAAGGUGGUCCAGGGGCUGACUGCGAGCCUCUAGCUCAGCUGGGAGGCUGAGUCGGCCAAGAAAUUCCUCGAGUAUGUUUGAGGCUGUGGUUUGGUGCCUGCCCACCUCAGGGCAGGUCAAGGGAGGCUACUGGCCAAGGAGGAGGAGGGAAUGCUCUGGAAGAAACACUUCUCAGGAAUGUGGGUUUUGGAGAUAGGCCGAGAGCUAAAGUGGGGGGAGAGCUGUGGGUCAAGAGGAGGUCUAUGCCCAGCUCUUGCCUGACUUGCUGUGUGACCCUGGGCAAAGUCCUUGACCUCUCUGGGCUCUGUUUCUUCCUCUGGGAAAUGCCUGCUCCCUGACCCUGGAGGGCUGUAGGUGAGGUCAUGAGCACCACCCCACCUCACUGAAUCCCAGCAGCCAUGAGAGGACCAGCGCACCCAUCUUAGGAAUCAGCCAGCUGCUCCGUGCCAGGCCUGCAGCUAUGGCAUCUGGCUCCAGGCCAGAAAGGACUUGGGAAGAUGAAGUGUGGGAGGUCAGUAGGGCAGAAAGCAUGUGUUCCAUCCUGGUAAUGGGGAAACUGAGGCUAAGAGCCAUAAAUGAUGGGCACCCAGAAAAAAGAUCCCACUGGCUGGAGGCCUCAGUUGUAGCGCCUCCUGCUAACUGUUUCUCCAAGACCACUGGACGUGACAUGGGUGGGGAGCAGGAGGCCGCUGGCCUGCGAGGAGACCCUGCAUAAGCCGUUCGUCUUCUCUGGACCUGAAAGCUCCCUCUAGCUGUGACUCCUGUUUUGAAGGAGGUCAUUUAGCCCUUUGCCAUGGCGCCAUCUCCAUUUGACAGAUGGGAAAGUUGAGGCUAAGAGAGGGCAGUGACUUGCCCAGGGUCACUCGAUCCAGGGUCUCCGUGGCAUAGAACCAGGCCUCUGAAUGUCAGCCCAGGCUCUUUCUGCUGCACUGAGUGUCCCAUGACCCAGGACUCUGGGUGUGGACUUGGUGCCCUGUGGGGGCAGGGGAGGAAGGGGUGGUGUGUGAGUCCAUUACUCACCCUCCCUCCAUGGCUGGCCGCUCCAGGCCUCACUGGGGGGCAGGGGAAGGAGAGAUUUCUGCCCAUGGGCAUAAACAGAGCUGGUAGGCUGGACCCAGGGCUGUUUGGGGCUCCCAGGAGACAACACAGCCCUGUCCUUCCCAGGGAGGGUCCUCGAACCCUUGCCAGGGUUGAGGAAGGAAUCCUUUUAUCCCUGAGGUUAGAGAGCAGUGUCGGGAGGGGCUGGGGAAGGCCCUGGUGGCUCAUCACACAGACCUGGGGUCACCUCCUCAGUGUGAGACCCUGCAUAUGUGAGGGCCCCACUUUGUUGGGGUGGGGUGGGGGUUCCAUGAGCCCACCUGCAAAGUGCCUGGGAAGUAGGAGGUGCUCAGUAAUUUCCCGUUCCUUCUCUGCUGUCACCAAGGCGAGGCCCGCCAGGGUCCCUCCUCAGAGGUUUCAGGUAGGGGGUGGGCUGUGAGCACGACAACCUGCCACCUGCGAGAUGUUCCCUGGGCAAGUUCCUUAACUUCUCCAGGCUCUGUUUCGUCUUCUGAGAAGUGGGCGGGAUGAAGGUGGAGUUGGUGAGAGGUCCCAUCCCGGGACUAAGAGCCUGUCUGUGGAGCUGAUGGCUUCGCCACACUUAUCAGCAGUGAGGCCAGGAUCUCCUCGAACCCACAACCCAGUGCGGCUGGCCUCUGCCAGCUAACCAGCUGUUCAGUGAGCAGGCUCUGAGACUGGGGGAAAACUGCUAAGGCCUCACACCCCAGGUAGCUCCACAGCCCCCAGGGGUUCAGGAGCUCCACGUGUUCGGAAGACCCCUUCCUAGUGGGGGGCUCUGGAGGGUUGAGUUCUUGGUGGCUCUGGAAUCAGGAGCUUGGGGGGCUGGGACACUGAUCAGAACCCUGGGGCGCCUGGGGCCUGGGAGAGCCGCCAGAGGCCAAGGGUGGGGCCUGGGUGGCCCAGCUCCUGCCCCAAAUAUGGCUGUGGGGAGGCCACAGCCACCCAGGCCAGACAGGCCCAGACCAGACAGGCGCUGAGUCUCUCGGCAACAGCACCGCUCCGUGCCUCUCCUGCUUUGCGCGGUAUCCCAAGCCAGGCCUUCGCCUCCGGCCUGGGGUGCCAGAGUCCUCACCUGGCCUCACCAUUCCCUUGCUGGGCGACCUCACGGGUCUCCCAACUUCUCUGAGCUUCUGCUUUUUUCAUGCAUGAGCACUGAGACCUCCACCCUGGGACUUGCAGAGAUUGGGGAUCUAAGUCAGAGUCACUGCUUGUGUCCUGGGACUCCUGCAGGGUGGGGCUGGGCGUCUGGUAACUGUCUACUACCCCCACCCACACACACCCACACAUGGAGGGGGCGGGCAGACCUCAUCUAGCCCUGCCGUGCACCCAGCUCUGGUGGGGUACGAGCGAAACUGCCCCCCAGAAAUGAGUCCUGAGUUCCAGGUCCUUAUUGGGGGCACGGCUGUGCUCAGGGCUUUACACCAUCGCCCUGCUUGCCCUCGGAUCAGCACUGUGGGAGGUGUCAUCCCCAUUUGUCAGGACGCCCACCGCCGCCACCCACUGAGGAGGGGGCUGCAGCCCUGGCAUGAAGCUCCUCCCAGCAGCCUGGCGCCUGGCCCUGCUGCCCAGGAGGUGACCCGGCCGGCUGGCGGCCCCAGCCCUCCCCGCUGUGGUGUGCCUGACCCGCCUGACGGGCCAAGUGCCCGCAACCGACAAAAGCGCUUCGUGCUGUCGGGAGGGCGCUGGGAGAAGACAGAGCUCACCUACAGGAUCCUCCGGUUCCCAUGGCAGCUGGUGCGGGAGCAGGUGCGGCAGACGGUGGCAGAGGCCCUACAGGUGUGGAGCGAGGUGACGCCACUCACCUUCACUGAAGUGCACGAGGGCCAUGCUGACAUCACGAUCGACUUCACCAGGUACUGGCAUGGGGACAAUCUGCCAUUUGAUGGACCUGGGGGCAUCCUGGCCCAUGCCUUCUUCCCCAAGACCCACCGAGAAGGGGAUGUCCACUUUGACUAUGACGAGACCUGGACUAUCGGGGACAACCAGGGAACAGACCUCCUUCAGGUGGCAGCCCACGAAUUUGGCCACGUGCUUGGGCUGCAGCACACGACGGCUGCUAAGGCCCUUAUGUCCCCUUUCUACACCUUCCGCUACCCGCUGAGCCUCAGCCCAGAUGACCGCAGGGGCAUCCAGCACCUAUAUGGCCGGCCUCGGCCAGCCCCCACCUCCAGGCCCCCGGCCCUGGGCCCCCAGGCUGGGGUGGACACCAACGAGAUUGCACCGCUGGAGCCGGAAGCCCCACCAGAUGCCUGCGAGGUCUCCUUUGACGCGGUCUCCACCAUCCGUGGCGAGCUCUUCUUCUUCAAGGCAGGCUUCGUGUGGCGGCUGCGUGGGGGCCGGCUGCAGCCUGGCUACCCUGCACUGGCCUCUCGCCACUGGCAGGGACUGCCCAGCCCUGUGGACGCAGCCUUCGAGGAUGCUCAGGGCCACAUCUGGUUCUUCCAAGACAGGGAACGGAGGCUGGGAGAGUCUGUGGCGGUGGUGGCGGCUGGGCAGGCCUGUGGUGGCUGGCCAUGGCAGUUGGGCAGCUCCGUUGCAGCCUCCCCCCUCUGGCAGGUGCUCAGUACUGGGUGUAUGACGGCGAGAAGCCAGUCCUGGGUCCCGCACCCCUCUCGGAGCUGGGCCUGCUGGGGGCCCCAGUCCACGCCGCCUUGGUCUGGGGCCCCGAGAAGAACAAGAUCUACUUCUUCUGUGGCGGAGACUACUGGCGCUUCCACCCCAGCACGCGCCGUGUGGACAGUCCCGUGCCCCGCCGGGUCACUGACUGGCGAGGGGUGCCGUCUGAGAUCGAUGCCGCCUUCCAGGAUGCUGACGGUGUGUGGAGGGUGGCUUGGCUGGCGGCAGUGGUGCAGCAGCUGCAUCUCCCUCUGGUGGUGGCUGGGCAUCAGCUCCUCACCCCAGGUGCUUUGUCCAGUGCCCUCCCCGAGCCCCGCCAGGGCAGUGCCAUAUCCCCAUGCUGCAGAUGAGGACAUGAGGGCCAGAGAGGUGCAAGGACUUGCCCAGGGCCUCCGCCAUAGCUGGUAAACUGAUAACCGCCGCACACUGAGGACCCCAGACGCAGCGCCAAGCUCCUUACACGUCUCAGGCAAUUUUCAGAUGUAGCACUUCUUACAAAUCCAGUUUCCACAGGAGCAGAGGUUCAGGCAAUGAGUCCCUCACCAGGGCCAUCCAGGUGGAUGGUGGGGAGCCAGGCCCCCAACCUAGGCAGGCCCUGCUCCUAACCACUGAACCUCCUGGCCUCCUGUAAUCUCAAAGGACUAGACUGGGGUCUCACAGUCCAGUGCUCUCUCCUGUCCCCCAUCCCUGCUUUGUUUCUGUGCUCUCCCACAUCAGAGCCCACUGGGAGAGCUGUCCUGUGGUGGCCUCAGGCUCUGAAGCUCCAGGUUGCCCUUAUCAUCCACCUUGACUUAAGAGGCCCAUCUGUGGCUGGUGGGUGCAGGAGUAGAGUGACUUGGAGGAGAGGUGGUGAGGAGAGCAGGACUUGCUUUCCCGAGAGGUAGGAGUGGGGCCUCUGAGGCUGCCAGCAUCUGUCAGGCUGGGUGGUAGCUCAGACGACUCUGGGGCAGGUAGACAGGGCUCCCUGAGGGAAGGGGGGAGGUUCUAGAAGGGCCGGCCUGGGGCCUGCACUUUUCAAGGAACUCAGCAGUGGCCACGGCCUGCCUACCUGGUUCUCCCCCUGUGCCCGUCCCUGGGCACAGCCUGAGGGGAGGUGCGGGGCCCAGUGUCCAGUCGCCCAGGCCUGACUCUCCUCUCUCCUCAGGCUACGCCUACUUCCUGCGUGGCCGCCUCUACUGGAAGUUUGACCCUGUGAAGGUGAAGGCCCUGGAGGGCUUCCCUCGCCUUGUGGGCCCCGACUUCUUCGGCUGUACAGAAGCUGCCAACACUUUACGCUAACCAGCUGGG